AUGGAGAUGAAGGAUCUUGAUAUGAGAUUUCCUGGACAUCUUGGUUUCAAAGACAAGAUGGAAUCUGCCAUUCUUGUGAGUAAUCCAGGAAGCUCAGCAGGUUAUGAACCUCUCAGUUGUGAAGUGUCCAUUGAGACAGUGAGACUAGUGGUUGGCAGGCAGGACUGGGGAUGGGGCUUGGGGAGGGGGGAGAUUAGCAGUAGUUACUUGUUUGCCAAGGACAGUAGCUUCCUGGAACUGUUCAAACUGAAGAUAAAGAAGAAGCAGUGGCAGCGGCAGGAGGAGCCAUCCCUGGACUGGCAGCUACCCUACCCAUCAGCCUGCGCUACAGCAGCCCCAGGAAAAACGAGGGAGGGCAGCCCUGGCCGCAUGCUCAGCUUCAUGGGCAAGCGCAGAGACAGGAACAAACUAGCCCUCAAGACAGGAGUAGUAGCCAAGAAGCACAAGAAUGAGGUGUUAAGAAGUAAAGGUGACUCAUGGGCCAAGUACACGGCAGAAAUGAAAACGUACAAAGCCCACCAGUGUGGUGAGGAUGAUAAAACUCGGCCCCUGGUGAAAUGUCCCCAUUCCCGGGUGCUCACUCCCUAG